CUCUCUCUCUCUCAUACACACACUUUAUUUCCGCACUCUGUAGGGUGUACCGCCAUUUCAGGUGACAGUAAUCAACAAUAAGUCGGACAAUCUUCCAAAUGCCAACACUUUAUUGAUCCUUAGGGGUGAAUUCAGCAGCCCAAAGCGAAAAGACUCGAGAAAAUGAAUGAUUUGGACAAAGAGGAGGACAUAGCAGAGUGUUCAGUAAUCAGCAGUGACUUGCCAGAAGAUGAUCCUCGACAGUGCAGUAAUGAAUCUGGACCCUCAGACACAAGAAAGAGGAAGAGGAGUCAUGUUUCUAUGGAGGAGCAGCCGUCGUGCUGUGCUUUGUGUCAGGAUGAACUGAGGGAUCCCGUCUCUACCAGCUGUGGACACUGGUUCUGCAGACAUUGCAUUCCCUCAUACUCGGACCAGUCUGGUUCACCAGGAGACUCCUCCUGUCCCCAGUGUGGAGAAAGAUCCAGAACAAGACCUGGACUACAAACAGCCAGUCAGACUGUACAAAAUAAUGGUCUGCAGGAGGUUUUAGAUGAACAUAAGAUCAGUCUGAGGAGGAGGUGUGAACGUGUGACUGAAGGAACUGAUGAAACCGGAAGUGGAACCCUCCUCAACAGGAUCUUCACUGAGCUCUACAUCACAGAGGGACAGAGUGAAAAGGUUAAUACCCAACAUGAGGUGAGGCAGCUUGAGACAGCUUCCAAGAUGGAGACCCUCCAUGACACUCCAAUCAAGUGCUACAAGAUCUUUAAAGCCUUACCUGACCAACAGAGACACAUCAGAGUGGUUCUGACGAACGGCUUUGCUGGCGUUGGAAAAACCUUCUCAGUUCUGAAGUUCACUCUGGACUGGGCAGAGGGCUCGAACAACCAAGAUGUCAGUCUGGUGGUUCUGCUUUCGUUCAGGGAGCUGAACCUGAUCAAAGAUGAGCAGUACAGUCUUCUCAGGCUGCUCCAUGUUUUCCAUCCAACAUUACAGAAGGUCACAGCAGAGCAGCUCGCUGUCUGUAAACUUUUGUUCAUCUUUGAUGGCCUGGAUGAAAGCAGACUUUCACUGGAUUUCAAGAACAAGAAGGUUGUGUCUGACGUCACACAGAAGUCUUCAGUCAACGUGCUGUUGACAAACCUCAUCAAAGGGAAUCUGCUUCCCUCGGCUCUCGUCUGGGUAACUUCCAGACCUGCAGCAGCCAAUCAGAUCCCUCCUGAAUGUGUCGACAGGAUAACAGAAGUACGAGGCUUCACUGACGUCCAGAAGGAGGAGUACUUCAGGAAGAGGUUUAGUGAUGAAGAUCGGUCCAACCGGAUCAUCUCACACAUCAAGACCUCGCGGAGCCUCCACAUCAUGUGUCUAAUCCCACUCUUCUCUUGGAUCACUGCUACAGUUCUGGACCACAUGUUGACUACAGACCAGAGAGGAGAGCUGCCCAAGACCCUGACUGACCUGUACUCACACUUCCUGUUGGUUCAGACAAAGAGGAAGAAGCAGAAGUAUGAUGAGGUACAUAAUAAGAGGCAACAGGAGCUGAUGGAGGCUGACAGGGAAGUUCUUCUGAAGCUGGGGAGGCUGGCAUUUGAACAGCUGGAGAAAGGAAACAUCAUGUUCUACCAAGAAGACCUGGAGCAGUGUGGUCUUGAUGUCACAGAGGCCUCGGUGUACUCAGGAGUUUGUACAGAGAUCUUCAAAAGAGAGUGUGUGAUCUUCCAGAAAACAGUCUACUGCUUUGUUCAUCUGAGCAUUCAGGAGUUUCUGGCUGCAGUCUACAUGUUCCACUGUUACACCAACAGGAACACAGAGGUACUGGAGGCUUUCCUGGAAGAUUGGGAUGGUGAUGACUCAUCCCUAGUUGACUUCCUGUAUAGUGCAAUGGAGAAAUCCCUCAAAAGUAAAAAUGGCCAUCUGGACCUGUUUGUUCGCUUCCUUCAUGGCCUCUCUCUGGAGUCCAACCAGAGACUCUUAGGAAGCCUGCUGGGUCAGACAAAGAACAGUUCAAGAAGCAUCCGGAGAGCCAUCAAUAACCUGAAGAAGAUGAACAUGAGCAAUAUCUCUCCUGACAGAAGCAUCAACAUCUUCCACUGUCUGGCGGAGAUGAACGACCACUCAGUCCAUCAGGAGAUCCAAGAGUUCCUGAAGUCAGAGAAUAGAUCAGAGAAGGAACUCUCUGACAUCCACUGCUCAGCUCUGGCCUACAAGCUGCAGAUGUCAGAGGAGGUCCUGGAUGAGUUGGACCUGAAGAAGUACAACACAUCAGAAGAGGGAUGAAAGAUACUGAUUCCAGCUGUGAGGAACUGCAGAAAGGCUGUACUUUCUGGCUGUGGGCUCUCCGAGACUCACUGUGAAGUUGUGGCCUCAGCUCUGAUGUCCAACCCCUCACAUCUGAAAGAGCUGGACAUGAAUGGAAACUCCAAACUGCAGGAUACAGGAGUGAAGAAACUGUCUGCUGGACUGGAGAGUAGAAACUGUAGAUUGGUGACUCUGAGAUUGAGUGACUGCAGGUUGACAGAGAUCAGCUGUGAUUAUCUGGUCUCAGCUCUGAAAUACAACCCCUCCCACCUGAGAGUCCUGCAGCUGAGCAAGAACAACCUGCAGGAUUCGGGAGUGAAGCUGCUGUGUGAUUUUCUGGAGAGUCCACAAUGUAAACUGGAGACUCUGGGAUUGAUUCGCUGCAGCUUGUCUGAGAUCAGCUGUUCUUCUCUGGUCUCAGCUCUGAAGUCCAACCCCUCCCAUCUGAGAGAGCUGGAGCUGAGUGACAACAAGCUGCAGGAUUCAGGAGUGAAGCUGCUGUGUGGUUUUCUUGAGAGUCCACACUGUAGACUGGAGACUCUGAGAUUGUGGGACUGCUGGUUGUCAGAGAUCAGCUGUGCUUCUCUGGCGUCAGCUCUGAAGUCCAACCCCUCCCAUCUGAGGGAGCUGGAGCUGAGUGGAAACAAGCUGCACCGUUCAGGAGUGAAGCUGCUGAAGGAUCUUGUGAACAGUCCACACUGUAGACUGAAGAUUCUGAGGAUCGACCUCACAGCUCCCACCCAACAAGGAGAGGCUGAGUACAACAGGAUCUCUUCCGACUGUCAUCAGAGCCUUGGUCCAAGUAACAGUGCCCUCUGUGAACCCCAGGGCUUUACAACACAGCCUGAGUGUGCAUCUUGUUGCUCAAAGUAUAGAGCAACAUAUGUUAGCGUGACAGUGGACCAAGACAGAGUGACUCUGACGGCCCAGGACCAAGAGCUGAAAGUCUGGACAAAUCCAGGACAGAAACAGACAGGUCCAAGAAGAGGAGCUCUACAGAGCAAUGUCCCAGCAGAGGACAAUGUCCCAGCAGAGGAGAGGCUCCGCUCAGUCCGCACAAAUUUUAUAAACAGAGUCUCUGAACCAGUUCUGCACCAGCUUCUGGAUAAACUUUUUGAAUGUGUCAUUAUAAACGAUCAUGAAAUGCAGUCAGUCAGAACAAAAGUCGGAACAGAAAAGGCACGAGAACUGAUCGACAUGGUGCGAAGGAAGGGAAAUAAAGCCAGCUCAGCCCUGAUUGUUGCUCUCUGCAAGCUGGAUCCAUGCGUCUCCGAAGAGCUGGGAUUAUGCUGAAGCCAGAACAAUAAACUGUGUAUUGUGAUGAUGAAUCAAUAUAUCUCGCAUCACUUUUCAUGCCUCUGUGCUGGCGACAGCCGAAGAUGGAGGCAUUAGGUUUUCAGAUUGUCAGUGUGUCCAUUCUCGUUAAUGCAAUACCUCAAGGAAAACCUUCAAGGAAUUUCUUCAAAUCUGACCUGAAGAAUGAAUAUGCGUAACACACCGCUGAUGUGCACUGUUUUUUGUAAAUAUGACUCAUGAUAUACAGUCUCUAGAAGUGUAUGAUUCUAUUAUGUCUUUUUUGUUGAAAGCAAACACAAAUUGCAAUAAAUCGUAAUACCAACUCAC